ACACAGGGUUCUAUAUUCUUCCUUUUCCUCAGCAGAUAAUCAGCACCAUGGAAACCCAGGUGUCCAACGGUCCGAGCGGAACCGGCCUGCCUAACGGGCCAGUCAUCAGCACCAACGGUGCCACAGACGACAGCAAGACCAACCUAAUCGUCAACUAUCUGCCUCAGAACAUGACCCAGGAGGAAUUCAAGAGCCUGUUUGGUAGCAUCGGAGAGAUUGAAUCCUGCAAACUGGUCCGAGACAAGAUUACAGGUAUUCAUGAUGCUUCAGCAGGCCAGAGUUUGGGCUAUGGGUUCGUAAACUAUGUGGAUCCCAAUGACGCAGACAAGGCCAUCAACACACUCAACGGUCUCAAACUGCAGACCAAAACAAUUAAGGUAUCGUACGCCCGCCCCAGUUCAGCUUCUAUCCGUGAUGCCAACCUGUAUGUGAGCGGUCUGCCUAAGACCAUGACCCAGAAGGACAUGGAGCAGCUGUUCUCCCAGUACGGACGCAUCAUCACCUCCCGCAUCCUGGUGGACCAGGUUACAGCAGGUAUAUCGCGAGGAGUGGGCUUCAUCCGGUUUGACAAGCGGAACGAGGCAGAAGAGGCCAUCAAGGGCCUGAACGGCCAGAAGCCCCUGGGCGCAGCCGAACCCAUCACGGUGAAGUUCGCCAACAACCCCAGCCAGAAGACGGGCCAGGCCCUGCUCACCCAGCUGUACCAGACCGCUGCACGCCGCUACACUGGCCCUCUGCACCACCAGACUCAGCGCUUCAGCCUCAUCCCUCCAUUUGGAAAGGGACCAGAUCCAAAUAACAGCACAAAACCAAUACUCGACAAUUUACUAAACGCCAGCUACGGAGUCAAGAGUUCUCCCUCUCUCCUUCCUAGGUUCUCCCCCAUUACCAUCGACAGCAUGACCAGCCUGGCGGGAGUCAACCUGACCGGGCCCACCGGAGCCGGCUGGUGCAUCUUCGUCUACAACCUAUCGCCCGAGGCUGACGAAAGCGUCCUGUGGCAGCUGUUUGGGCCCUUCGGCGCCGUCACAAACGUCAAGGUCAUCCGUGACUUCACCACCAACAAAUGUAAGGGCUUCGGCUUCGUCACCAUGACCAACUACGACGAGGCAGCCAUGGCCAUCGCUAGUCUCAACGGCUACCGCUUGGGAGACCGCGUGCUGCAGGUCUCCUUCAAGACCAGCAAGCAACACAAGGCCUGAGAGAGAGAGAGCUGCUAGCUGACGCCAGCUUCUUCAGCCAGCAGGAAGCGCCACUGAGCUCCCUGUUACUAUCACUCUACAUGGGCCUGGACUGAGUCUCUCUCUCUGAUGCACACUCACCCACACACAGCCCUAUACACAUACAUACACACACUAUCAGACAUGCACACACUAUUAGACAUAUUUACACAUACAAACAUACCCAAAGUCAGAGUUUCAAACAAAUACACUAGUAGAGUUUUUCUUUUCUCUUUACACAACAUGCUAGUCCUUCCCUACGUUUGCCUGGAUUGAAUUAGUGGAGGUGCGUUGGGUAGUUGGUCUCUGGGGGUGGGGGUAAGAGGCCUCGAUGAGGGAGACAGUCUAACGAAUGUGACAGAGAAUGUGCGCUGAGUGCUUUGAUUGAAUUCAGGCAAAUAAUGACAAAAACUGCUGAAACAAAAUUAUCUAAAAUCUAAAAUGAACUACAAAUAUGUGCAAUUUAAACCCCAAACUCUUACCCCAUGAACUAUCCCAUUAUCUUGCUGGAGAGAGUUUAGUCACUUUUUUUUACACUUGGGCAUUUUGAAUCGGUGAUUUUUUUUAGAUCAAAGAAAAUUCAUUAAAAACAGUGUUCUCUUAUAUACGUAUAUUAAAAUAUAACUAUAUAUUCAAUAUUUAAGGUGGUUAUAAUAGCCGAGUAUGUAAGCAUUUUCUAGAAACUUUGACUACUGUUUCCUGGCUCAACAUUAGGUAGGUUGUGACUAGCUUUGGGGCAGUUUCUCUACCCUAUUAAGGACAGAUCCAAUACGAUUUAGGUUAUCAAACUGAACAGAUACUGGUCACAAAGACAAGCAGCCUGAAGGCCACCAUAAUUACACCCUCACUACACAACACAACACAGUCACACAUCAGCCCUGUUAGGGGGAAAACAACACUAGAAUACUGAACAUCACUGACAUCUAAGAAUCGCCCUGUAUUUUUUCACUCUGGUUCUUCUAUUCAGAGUAGAAUGGAUGGAUUCCACCACAAACAGAGCUGUCUGUGUGAACAACGUAGAGCAUUGUCCCAGCUAGUGUUCCCAUGGAGACCGUGUUCAUGUACAAUUCUCUGAGAGACUAGGGACCGUGAGUUUAGAGCAAAGUCAUUUCACCAAAUCACAGAGCCACUUUACCAAAACACCCAACCAGAUAUAACACCCCUCCAAGGGAAUGAAAAGGUUUUUACAAUUCAGUGGAAAUUUCUAAUCACUCUCAUUAUAACCCUGCCUGCCCUGUCAAAAUAGAAGAAACCAAGCCUGCAGAAACCAACAGUGACAAGUUUGUUUAUCUCACAUUGGAAACUCCAAAAACUUUUUUUUGUUGAUUUGCAACAUCUGAUCGGCACUAUCACCUAGCUGGAAUUUAAAAAAUAUCAACAAACCCAUGGAAAUAAUUUAUGACACCCCUUGAGGAAAAUAUAACGACAAAAUAGUCUUGGUGACUGUCUGUUAGAAACAUCAGACAAGACGUUUCAUGGGGAGAGAUAGGAUUAAAAUAUAAAGACAUCUGCAUAUAAUAGAUUAAAUAAGGUAAAGUGUGUUCAAGACAUUUUUGCUUUUCUAAAUAACGCUGUGUUAGCCAAAGAGGACAACCAUCUCUUUGAAAGGAUUACUUUAGAGAUAAAUCUAUUUUUAUACAUACAAAUGAACAAGACCUUGUGCUGAAUUUUUACAGAUUCUUAAAACUCUGAAAAACUGGGACACCGCGUGGCUGUAUUUUAAGCCCUUUGAUCUUUGAGAGAGAGGGAGGAGCGCGUGCAUGCGGUGUAUAGGUGGGGGUCGAGGGAAGGGGGCGAUGAAGAAAAGUUCUCACACAACCUUACUUUUUCAACCACAACCUAUAAACAAACUAUUGAAAUAGCAAAAAAAGAACAUAAACAAAGACAUCGGAAUAGAACAAAUACACAUCAGCACAAACCAAUUCAAUGAUUAGGAAUCAAACGUUACAGAGACAAAUCUGCAUUACUAAUACUGCAAUCUUUGAGUGUAAACUAGACAAACACAUAUCACUUUCUCUGAAGUUGCGUACAGUCAGUGUUGCUUCAAUGAUUGUACAGUGAAGUGUUAUCGCUUUCACAGGAGACACUUAAAUCAGGCUGCAGUAAAGACAGUCAGUCAGGCCCCAUGAUUUGUCCUCACAGACAUCUUGGGCUGGUUCGAAACAGAAAGGCUUGAAGUAGAUUCUCAAUAAAGCCUCCUUUCAAUGCAAAGAUGAUUAGGUAUAUUUGAAUGAAGAUUUAGCCAAAGAAUUUGGAAUAUGAGUGUCAAUAAGAAAUAAUUCAGUCUAUACUAUUACUAACUGCUCCCCUGAUAAUUCUUCUAUAAACCAUUAUCAUUUAUUGCAUGAAGAUCCCUUAUCAUUUUAAAUCCCCAUAGCGCUUGCAGAAAUAUCUGUUGUUCAUAUCAAAUUAUAUCAGAAUGGACUAAUAUCUUUUGGUUAACAUAUCUGUUGAGUAGAUAUAAUUUAGCCCAUUUGCACAGGUGCUUACCACAAACCUACAACAAUGUAAACAAAGAAUUCACCUUUCAGCAAAAACCACGACAGUUCCACACAAGUGUCUCUUGAACCUCAAUACUGUAAUACUCAUACCAUCCGCUCACAAUAGGAAUCCAAUACAUCAGAGUAUGACAGCAUUGUUUCAGUUUAACCCUCAGCCUCUGUCUAACUCUGACCAUUCCAUUUCUUACUGUGCCCCAGUAGUAUAUUGGUGGUGUUCCAACCAAAACAAACAUGAAAGGUCAUACAUUAACACCCUGUCAUAAUCUAACUCCACACCUCCCUUCCCCAUUCAAUCAGUUGUGCCCAUACUCAAGAGAAGGUAGCACAGUAGGACUGAUACAGCAUCACUUUAAGAGACCAGAUGUGAAUCUUGGGAACAGAACAGCAAAUAGGCCACGUUGUUGAGCUGCAGUUGAAGAAGUAGUCCCACUGGUGAUAUGGGGUAGAGUUCCAGCCCAGUUCCCCCACACCCUAGACUAACAACAGGCCCUAGGCCACACCCUAGACUAACAACAGGCCCUAGGGCACACCCUAGACCAACAACAGGCCCUAGGCCACACCCUAGACCAACAACAGGCCCUAGGCCACACCCUAGACUAGAGCAACAACAAACUGUCCCAUCUUACACAGCCAAUACAGAGACCCUCUUCUCUUCCCACACCUACGUAUGGUAGAGAGCCAAGGACAAUGGCAGGAGACAAAUGUACUGCACCGCUUGAGCAACAAUAAAUAAUCAUCUAAAAAGACAAAAAAACUUUCCUAUGGAACAGUAAGUGCAAUGUGCUUUGUUUUUAUAUUGACUGAGAACAAAAAGAUAUAUAUAUUUUUUAAAAGAAAAAGAAAUUAAACAUCACACUGAAAUGGUUUGCGGAAAAGGCGGAAGGAUCAAAUGUAAAGAAAUCUAAGUGUUAAUGCACCGAUUCAUUAAAGAGAAUCAAACAAGCACCGAUGGAGAGCUCUGAAAAUGUCCAGAAUCCCAGCCCCGGAUUAGUGCUCUGAACAUGCAAGCUAAAACUAACCGCAUAUUAUUAUUGGGUGAAUAAAAAGAGCAAUUUAAUUGAAAAGACCUUGAAAGGGAUACUGUCUAAUAUAUCAUCAGUUUUAGCCCACGUCGAUUUUAGAAUAUAAUUUUUCCUGUAAUUUAUUGAUUUUCUUUUACAUAUCAAGACUCACAUGUUAACUUAGCGUAUUUGUGUUGUUGACGUUACCAUAUAGGACACACAUGGGUCCAAGAUUUUAUUUGGUUGCUUUGAUUGGUAUUUUUUCUUUCUUCAUUCCAUUAUUUAAUUAGUUGCAGUUCUUAGUGUAUGCAGAUUUUAGACUUAGUUAGAACUUUAUUUCAAUCAAAACGUGUUCAAUUGUGUUUGUAAAAGUCUGUGGUAGCUUUUGUUGCAACAUAAAUAAUUUAAACAGAAAAAAUUCAAGAUAGCGCCAACAAACUUGUAUUAUUUGGGCGACUUUAAGCUUGUAGUUUUAACUUAUUGUUAACUUAAAAACUAUUUAUUAUUAUUGCCUCGUAUAAAGUAUGUUUUGUGUAUAUUUAUGGUUUAUUUCAUUAUAUUUGCAAGUUUAAAAGAUUUUAAGUUUGCCAAAAUUGUGGUUACAUUUUCUUUCUUAAAAAGGGAACAAAUAGAUUAAAAAAAACAGCUUUAGAAGUACGAUUUGGAAAUGUUCUCCAUAGUCAAAGAAUGCACUGCUAUAUUUAACUAAUUGAAGUGUAUAAACAUACAUGCUGUGUGCUAGAUGUUAUGCCUUUACUGCCUGUGUUCUGUUUGUCUUGUUAAAUGAAAACCUUUUGAUUAUUUAAUCUAAUCACAGUCUUGUUUUUCCAGCCACUGAGAACCCUGGGGAGUGUCAGUCAGGACAUGGGCUGGGCCUGGGGUGUGGCCUAUCGCAGGCUCCAGGGCGGAGCCUGGACCUUAGGCAGUGCCUGAGGCUCCAUGUGCACUCAGCAUGCUUUCCCUCCUCCUGCUGAUGAACAGAACUACUGUAGUUAUUAGAAGGACCAUAGUACAGAACUCCAACAUGACAGCUGAGUUAUGUACAGUAGUUCCAACAGCAGCCAGGAGGAAAGCAUCGUUGGGGGUUACUUGUAUAGGAAAGGGGUCAGUGGUUCUUCUGUUUCUCGACCAACUGUAUUUUGUGUCUAUUUAUUUAGAAGAGGGGACACAGAGUAACUUAGUGACGUUCUUCUUACAACAUUUUCCUGGAAUGGUAGAACAAAUCAAAGGAGAAAAUGAUCAAAACAGAUCUACUGGCAUCAAUGUAUUAAUGUCAGUAGGAAGAUAUCAAAAUCUCAUACUUCCAAACAUGACCAAAUGAACAAUGACAAAAUGUAACAAAGAAAAUAAACCUUUCAGUUUAGUUUAGGAUAUUUAUUACUGGGAUUUCAGCUGAAGACGCUUGAAGACUUUUUCAUGGAAUUGUUUAAUUAUUUGUACUUUACAUGCCAGAAAAAAAUAAAAGGUUACAAAUC